AAAGCGAGGAGGGUCGGAGGGGGGUAGGAGGUACUUGAAAGUGGAAAAAGCGAAGAGCGCUCUCUCGCACGUGGCCGAUAGGACCACGUGGGCUUUUCGCCUGCGUCACCGACCUACCGGCCGACCGAACAAACAAGCGAACGAACGAACGAACGAACGAACAAACCGACCGACCAACCGACCGACCGACACCCCGUCGCGCGUAUUGAUUGAGGGUGGCCAUGGUCGUUUCCAUGGCGACGUUUCUUUUACCUGUAUGCCGCGCGCAUGCAUGAUACACCUUUCCGGCCGUGUAAUGCCGCCGCCGCCGCCGCCGCCGUCGUCGUCGCGUAGGUGCGCGAGGUGUACCUGCGGCAGGCAGGAGGAUGGGGCGGUAUCCGCUCCAUCCCUCCUCGACCUGACCCUCGACCCCCCCCCCCCCCUUCCUUCUUGCCUUUCUUCGCUACUGUGUGGCGGUUUACGUAUGGCAGAGGAAACGGAACGCGCUCGAUAUCGAGAUAAGAGGUAUACGAAGAUCCUCGCGGACGCAAACAACUUCGCUUUUGACGAUGACGCGUCACUCGAGGCGUCGGAUAGAAAAACGCAGGUAUCGCUGCGCUACACGCGAAAUAGAAUUUCACCCUUUAUUUCCGCCCCGCAGCAGGAAGGAAUGGAAAGUGGCGAAGUAAGCGACACGCGAGCCACGAAAAACAUUGUUGUCGCGAGUUAAGUUAUUAUUGUAAUCGAGCCCGCUUCUUUAACGGUAAUCUAACCCGCCCGAGAUAAUCGGAGUAGUUUGAAUUUAAAGAACCCGGGUGUAUCAUUAUAUAUCGUUUCGUACCCUUUGAUUACUUAUUUCUCAUUUUUAAGUCGCAGCAAAUGCGGUUCAAACUACUCACACGAGUAUACUCGUUGUUACGUUAUCUUUAGAAUCUGGAGCGCGCCGAAUUGGAUUUGUUAUUUCGCUUGGCGAUCCUCGGGAGCGUUGAUUCUUCAGAGAAAUUUAUUUUAUAUCGCGCGUCCAUACCUCACAAAAUAUUUUAUGUGUAAUGAAACAAUAAUAUGUAUAAUUAUAUACAAUUAUGUACGUACAUGUAGCGAAUUAUCUCUGUUGUUCUUCAAUAGAGUCGAUACGUUCGUAUAUACAGAGUGAACAGUAUUGGACUGGUAAAAUAUCUCUAAAUAUUUUUAGAACAAAAAAUGUAUAUGAAAUUUGUGGAUAAUCUGGAGAGGAAUAAAUAAUGAUAGAAUUAAA